AUGGGACCCGACUGCGAGUGUGAGUUUUACAAGAUGGUUAUCAGAGAAAUGGAGCAGCGGUCAGGAGCAGUGGUCAGGAGCAGUGGUCAGGAGCAGUGGUCAGGAGCAGCGGUCAGGAGCAGUGGUCAGGAGCAGUGGUCAGGAGCAGUAGUCAGGAGCAGUGGUCAGGAGCAGUGGUCAGGAGCAGUGGUCAGGAGGAGUGGUCAGGAGCAGUGGUCAGGAGCAGUGGUCAGGAGCAGUGGUCAGGAGCAGUGGUCAGGAGGAGUGGUCAGGAGCAGCGGUCAGGAGCAGCGGUCAGGAGCAGCGGUCAGGAGCAGCGGUCAGGAGCAGUGGUCAGGAGCAGUGGUCAGGAGCAGUGGUCAGGAGCAGUGGUCAGGAGCAGUGGUCAGGAGCAGCGGUCAGGAGCAGCGGUCAGGAGCAGCGGUCAGGAGCAGUGGUCAGGAGGAGUGGUCAGGAGCAGUGGUGUCGUGGGAGUUUCUAUCCACAGUAAGGAAAAAGCUGGAAAGAUGCUUAAGUAAGGUCACAGUGUCGGUUUCGCAUGUUUUCUCGUCCAAAGCACAGAGUAAGAGGUCGUCGACGUACUGGAGGAGCGCCGUGCCUGGCGACAGAACCAACGGGGCCAAGGAUUCACGAGGAGUGGUCAGGAGCAGCGGUCAGGAGCAGUGGUCAGGAGCAGCGGUCAGGAGCAGUGGUCAGGAGCAGUGGUCAGGAGCAGUGGUCAGGAGCAGUAGUCAGGAGCAGCGGUCAGGAGGAGUGGUCAGGAGCAGUGGUCAGGAGCAGUGGUCAGGAGCAGCGGUCAGGAGGAGCGGUCAGGAGCAGUGGUCAGGAGCAGCGGUCAGGAGCAGUGGUCAGGAGAAGCGGUCAGGAGCAGUGGUCAGGAGCAGCGGUCAGGAGCAGUGGAGCAGCGGUCAGGAGCAGUGGUCAGGAGCAGUGGUCAGGAGCAGCGGUCAGGAGCAGUGGUCAGGAGCAGUAGUCAGGAGCAGUGGUCAGGAGCAGCGGUCAGGAGCAGUGGUCAGGAGCAGUCGUCAGGAGCAGUGGUCAGGAGCAGUGGUCAGGAGCAGUGGUCAGGAGCAGUGGUCAGGAGCAGUAGUCAGGAGCAGCGGUCAGGAGCAGCGGUCAGGAGCAGCGGUCAGGAGGAGUGGUCAGGAGCAGUGGUCAGGAGCAGUGGUCAGGAGGAGUGGUCAGGAGCAGUGGUCAGGAGCAGUGGUCAGGAGCAGUGGUCAGGAGCAGUGGUCAGGAGCAGUGGUCAGGAGCAGCGGUCAGGAGCAGCGGUCAGGAGCAGUGGUCAGGAGCAGUAGUCAGGAGCAGCGGUCAGGAGCAGUGGUCAGGAGCAGCAGUCAGGAGCAGUGGUCAGGAGCAGCGGUCAGGAGCAGUGGUCAGGAGCAGCGGUCAGGAGCAGUGGUCAGGAGGAGUGGUCAGGAGCAGUGGAGCAGUAGUCAGGAGCAGUGGUCAGGAGCAGUAGUCAGGAGCAGUGGUCAGGAGGAGUGGUCAGGAGCAGCGGUCAGGAGCAGCAAUCAGGAGCAGCGGUCAGGAGGAGUAGUCAGGAGCAGUGGUCAGGAGGAGUGGUCAGGAGCAGCGGUCAGGAGCAGCAAUCAGGAGCAGUGGUCAGGAGCAGUGGUCAGGAGCAGUGGUCAGGAGCAGUGGUCAGGAGGAGUGGUCAGGAGCAGCGGUCAGGAGCAGCAAUCAGGAGCAGCGGUCAGGAGCAGUGGUCAGGAGCAGUGGUCAGGAGCAGCAAUCAGGAGCAGCGGUCAGGAGCAGUGGUCAGGAGCAGUGGUCAGGAGCAGCUAUCAGGAGCAGGUGGUCAGGAGCAGCGGUCAGGAGCAGUGGUCAGGAGCAGUGGUCAGGAGCAGUGGUCAGGAGGAGUAA